ACGUCAUCCACAGCGGGUUUUGUUUAGGAAUUUAUGCACGUGCAUAGAAUUCGCUCGUUGUUGUCAACGGUCGACCAACGGCAGAUGUUUUUAAAAUAACAAAAACAAUAAAUAUUACAGGUUGAAUUACAGUGCUUAUUACUUUUAGGAAACGUGUAGCUAAGCGUUCACUGUCGCGAUGACUGACAGUACUUGGCAGUGGCAGCUAAAAACCAAACAGCUAAUAUAUGUUAACUUACUCUAGCUGAUUAGCCGUUAAACGUUCGUAAUGGCCGUUCUCUCGUCUCUGCUGCGUUCGUCUGCUCGUCUCGUCGUCACAACAUCUCGGUUACGAUUAUGGGAGCUCGUCGUUUGUAAACGGAGAACAUGGCUCUCCCUGUCCGUCCAACGUUGUUACACGUCGGACACUUCAAAGUCAUCAGCUGAUCAUCUUGAGAGGUAUAAGGAAUUGCAGAGGUAUUUUAAAAGGAGACUGAAGGCUAAAUACUACAAGUUCUCCAACAUACCUGAUCACUCAGCGGUCUGUGGACAUCACCAUGUGUAUUUCGUUGAAGGUGAUGGUAUCUACAGAAUGGACACGAGACAGAGUGAGCAAGAGCAGGUGCUAAAUCUAGGACAAGUCUCUGGACAGGAGGAGAAGACUGGAGUUGAUAAUGAAGAGAUGAAGCAGAGGUUUCAGUGGACUGUCCAGAGAAUACGCCUAUCCCCACAGGAAAAGCAUCUUGCUGCCACACUAAAAACUAAUCACAGUGAAGAGCUGAGGUGUGUGGUUGUAAGGCUUGGACAGAUGAAUUCCCCUUUUCUGGAUCCCCCACACGUCGUAUUCACACUGGACAAAGUCUUCAGCUUUGAGUGGGCUACAGACGAGGUCCUGUUUUACACGACUUUGGAGGGUCUACGCUGCAGCAGAGUGUUUCGUCUGGACCUGACCUCCAAUCGAAGCAGGAUAACCUCUGUGUAUGAGGAAACACAUCCUGAUGUCUUUGUGGAGGUUGUGCUUUCCAGAAACCGACAGAUACUGACCAUCAACUGCAACAGCAGGACCACUUCAGAGGUGCUGCUAAUUGAUACAACAACAUCCCAUUUAAAGCCUUUCCUGGUUCAGCCACGCCAACAGGACCUCCUGUACCAUGUGGAGCACUGGAGAAGGUGGCUGAUUAUACUGGCUAAUACAGGGCCUGGGCAGGAAUAUCAGGUGGUGCAGGCCCCUCUCUCAGAGCCAUCCAUGGUCUCCUGGGUGACCUUGUUUACCCCUGGCCCUGGCACUGCAGUCAAAGAUAUGGAUGUGGUUAGAGACCACUGUGUAUUGGUUGCAAGAACACCAGCCAGUGAACUUGUCCUGAUCGUGGUCUCACUGACCCAUCCCAAGGAAGCAUACACUGUACAGCUCCCCUCCUGGACCUGUGCCAUAAAUCCCAAGAAACCAGACAUGGCCGACCAACGCAGGGUGUUCGAGUUCUUGAUCUCAUCUCCAGUACAUUCACCGGUGCCCUACUGUCUAUACCCCGAGGAUGGGCUGCUUUUAUCAGGCACCAAAGAUGGGUCCUCCCCAGAGAACCAGGGAAACUAUACCACCACACGCUUAGAGGCCUACAACCAAGAUGGUACCUUGGUGCCAAUAACCCUGUUUCAUAUGGUACCUGUGGAGGGUUUGACACAGGCGCCACUACUGGUCCAUGUCUACGGAGCUUAUGGCAGAGAUCUGAACAUGGAGUUCUGCCCAGAGAAAAGGCUGCUGUUGGAGCAGGGCUGGGCUCUGGCCUACUGCCACAUCAGAGGUGGAGGAGAGCGUGGUCUGUCCUGGCAAAGACAAGCUCGUGUGGAGGGGAAGCAGAAAGGAGUGGAGGACCUCCAAGCCUGUCUCCGUCACCUUUUUUCUUUAGGAGUCUCCUCUCCUUCACUCACUGCCCUUACAGCCUGCAGUGCUGGGGCUGUGCCAGUGGGAGCACUGUGCAACAAACACCCACACAUGAUGCGGGCUGUCACACUGCAAGCUCCUUUCCUGGAUGUGUUGGGAACCAUGGAGGAUCCCAGUCUGCCUCUAACUUUGGAGGAUAGAGAAGAAUGGGGAGACCCAGUAGGAAACCCAAAACACAGACUCACCAUCUCCUCCUACUGUCCCCUUCACAACAUUACUCCUCAGUGCUACCCAUCAAUUCUGCUGACGGCCUACAGCGGCGAUACCAGGGUUCCUCUGGCAGGUGUCCUCAAAUACACCGAGCAGUUAAAGAAAGCCAUUCAUACAUACAUCACCAUGAAGCCAAAGUCAGAAUGUAAACCAGCACCAAACAUAGUUCUGAAUAUCCAAUCUGGAGCAAAUCACCUCGGACCAGAAGACUUUGAGCUGAUGCUGGAGGAGGAAGCCCUCAGGCUAGCAUUCCUAUACACGGAGUUGGGCCUGGAUCCUCCUCAGCCUUCACGCAAGAGGAAGAUAGUAAGGCUGUCAGGAAUCAAAUGACAAUGACCUAAACAUCUACCACAACAACUAGGAGGACACAAUGGUGCCCAAAUAUUUAACAAUACCAGUGGAAGAAAAGACAACUUCAACAGUGGAUGUAUCUGCAAUGAUCCUGUUUAUUACAGCGUUUGACGUAAAUCUUAUAGAGUAUAGUACGUAAGGAAUGCCAUUGCCCAUUCAUAUUAGCAUUUAUAAAGUAUGUCCAGGGCCCCCAAAUAGCAGGCCUUCUCAGACACGUAGCACUGUCCGGGGUGGUUGGGAUUAAACCGAGUGUGGGUGGAGUACUGAAUCACCAAACCCUCCCCUGCUUCUGUCAGGAUACGAGACUUUUGCAACACCUUGCCAUCACUGACUUGGUUUGUGCUCAUUAGCACCUUCAGCUGGUCUGGUAACUCACGAAUAGAGGAGAGAUCUGUGAUGACAGAUUCUAUACCAAAGUUAAGCACCAUAAGGAAAGCUUGGUUAAGCCCAUCCAGCUCUCUGAGGAAAGCAAAGACACUGGCAUCAGCGUGGACGUAGCAGAACCACCCACGCUGAAGGGGGAGCUCUGACUGACGCAGCAUGUUCAGGAAACGGUACUGAGCCAGAACAGAACUUUCAUCUUCCUUCUGGACCUAGAAAAGAAAGAUUGGCAACAGAAUGCAUGAUCUUAAAGUAAGGUAAACUUGAACAAGCUCAGAUCAGAUGUUUGUCCAGAGUUGAACACUACUAAAAGAGUUCUGUACCUCUACAUUUAUGCUUCUGUAUUCAGGGUGUACAGGCAACCAGGUGAUGUUGGUUUUGUUGUUGAAGCCUGCAUUCAUGUCACCACUCCACUGCAUUGGAGACCGCUCAGGGUCCCGACUAGCACUCUGCAGUGAAAGGAAAGGAAUCAUUUUGGCAUUUCAGCUUCUUGUGCCAAUGAACAGUUUGACAAUGAAUGUGUAGUAUAUGGACACACUUUAAUGUACAUACAAUCAGUCGCCAGUUUCUUAGCUACACCAAGACUAUUGCAGUCUAAAAUACAAACCUUGAAAUAAAUGAUAUCUUUGUGAAGAUUAAA